AUGAAGGAUGCAGAUGUGUCAAGGCAGAUCCAGCAGAUGAUCAGGUUCAUCCGGCAAGAGGCUGAGGAGAAAGCUAAUGAAAUAUCUGUUGCUGCUGAAGAAGAAUUCAAUAUUGAGAAGCUGCAGCUACUUGAAGCUGAAAAGAAAAAGAUCAGGCAAGAGUAUGAACGAAAAGCCAAACAAGUUGAAGUUCGUAGAAAAAUUGAAUACUCAACACAAUUGAAUGCAUCCCGAAUAAAAGUGCAUCAAGCACAAGAUGAUGCAGUGAUUUCCAUGAAGGACGCUGCUAGAAAGGCUCUUUUACGUCUCUCAAGUGAUAAGAAAGUAUAUAAGAAACUCGUCAAAGACAUGAUUGUUCAGGGUUUAAUACGCUUGAGGGAACCAUCUGUGUUAAUAAGAUGCAGAGAGGGUGAUCGUAAGCUAGUUGAGUCAUUGAUAGAGGAAUGUAGAAAAGAAUAUUCAGAGAAAUUAAAUGGUCAAGCCCCUAAAGUUACCCUUGAUGAUCGUGUUUACCUCCCACCACCACCUAAGAAUGGUGCCAUGGAUUCCCAUGAACCUUUUUGCUCUGGAGGAGUAGUGUUGGCCUCAGAGGAUGGGAAGAUUGUGUUGGAAAACACCCUUGAUGCAAGGUUGGAUGUCAUUUAUAGACAGAAACUGCCAGAGGCAUAUAAGGAAGCUCUUGUUAGCAUGAACAAUGCAGUUUGA